AUGUCACCUACCAACAUGACAACCAACAACCCAGAUACACCUUGGGUGGCUUACGGAUCAGAAGAAAUCGAAGAGGCUGACGAACCACCUGAGCUAAAUUUCAAAAAGCAACAGUUUACUGCCAAUGACUUUCAACGAACCACCAUUCGACCCUCCACCGAAAAGUCCUCUUUGUUAACCAAGGCUAUCAAUGGAAACUCGGACGACGACCUAUACGUUCCUCAAGACGUUUCAAGAUCCACCACGACCAGGUCCCAGCGACGUCGCUCGCUUAUCAGCAACGUUAGCAUCGCUUCGACCGCCGAUCUGACGAGCGACACUGGCUUCACCAGCCCUUCGCGACCUAGCACACCCAGCCCACCUCUCCAUGACAUGGGUAUGCUGCGUUUGCACGAUGAGCGCGUCCACGAGCCCACGCAGGUUUCUCUGUUGGGUGCCGCUGUCAGGUUACAGCAGUGCAAGACUGAGGAGCCUCGAAAGCGAAGCAUUCAGUUCGCGUGUGGUGGCAAGCCUCCUACCAAAGAACAGCCCCCUCGCUCUCAGCCCAUGGCCAAGACGCCCUCUGCCCAGGAAGGUCCUCGCAAGUCAUGCAUCAAGUUUGCAUGCCCAGCUCGACCAGCAUCAACUCAGAACACUCCUCCCCAGCACAUGCACAGCUCUGCCAACCGAAAGGACGCCACUCCAAAGGCACAAUCUCCAUCUACCCCCAAGCGGGUCUCAGCUUUGGCCUUUGCUGCAGCUCGUCAAACCACUCCUCGCAGACAUUCUAUGUCGCGUCCUAGGUUCCUCCGCGCCGACUCCUCUGAAAUUGCCACCGACAGCUCACAGUUCCACGAGUUUGCCAGUGGAAUCGCCCGCGAGGAUGACUGGAUCCGACGUGACAGCAAUGCCAUUGCAGCCAAGUUGACUAUCAAUGACACCCUCGUUAAGGAGAACAACAUUCGACGCUUGGCUACUGAGGCAGAGCAAGAGGCUCUAGAGGAAGAAGACGAGGACGAGGAUAAUGCUGACAUCGACGACGAUGGGGAUGAUGACGAUGACGAUGAUGAGGACGAACUUGAUGUCGAGCUGGAUGAGGACGACGACGAUGAAGAGGAUGAUGAUUCAGAUGGCUACCACACCGACGAGGAGACUGGGUUUGCCGAUUCUGAUGAUGACGACGAAGACGAUGAUAUGCGUCUCUGGACACCUGGUGCCAAAUCUGUGGUUCAUAUCGGCUCAGGUGCUACUCAGAUGCGUCGCCCUUCCCUUCAUGAGAUGCAAUCUGAUUCAUCGAUCACCACUGUCAACAGCCAGCGAGCUAUGCGCCGCUCAAAGCGAGUCAGAUACGCCGAGGAUGCUCCCGACCUUCCUGACAGCACUGAUUUCGUGUGUGGUACUUUGGAUGAGGAUCGCCCUCUUGAAGAAGCCUACCUCUCGUGCCUCGCAGCUCGCCGCAACGAGAAGCUUCGUGUCAUCCCCCAGGACAUUGACCCUAGUUUCCCUGCCUCUGAGCCGGAGGAGGAAAACGACGGAGAGAUCUUCAAUCCUGUUCAUCACGACAGCGAUGCGGAUGAGUUCUUCCAGGGUAAAAUGGAGGACUUGCAUCACGAGCGUGACCGUCCUCGCCGCCGUAAGAGCGAACAUGCUUCUCCUAAGCGAUUCCGUUCACCACCACCAAAGCGUCAUCACUCUCCUCCUCCUCCCAAGGCACGAGGCCGAUCACCCAAGCCAUUGUUUGAUCGUCAAUCGCCUCGGAAGGCAAAGUCACCGGCUCCCAUCCGUCGACCCAUCACUACACCUCUGGGAUCUCCUCGAUGCGGCCAGGUCAACUUCAACCUUGCCGGCCGCCCUGGACUCACUCACACCAAGUCUCUGCCCCGUGGUGGUGCCAUGUGCCACCAGCGAAAGACCCGACAAAGGUUCAAUAUCGAUAACGACACUCACAUCCGUGGAGCUAUCGACAUCGUCAAGGGAUUGGAGAGCAAGCGUCAGCGACGCAAAGAAAAGUUUCACCAGAAGUACUGCAAUCGCGCACGCCGAGGUCAAAUUCCCGAGCGGAAGCCCGUUCCUGGACGUGGCACUGAACGCAUGCGAGAGCUCGGCCUUCUUAUGGCUGGCAAGAAGGACCAAACAAACUAUGUCCUUUCCAUCUAA